AUGGCUGACGAGCUUUUCGCCCACAUUGCUGCUGGUGAAUACGUCGCCGUGCUCACCUCUGAGCCCGCGCGCAUCCUCAUCCGGGACCUCGUCCGCAGCCUAAAAACUUCAGGGGUUAGCGACAAUAAUGCAUCACCAAGUUCUAGCAUCUUGACUCCGGCACAGACUGCUGCUAUCGGUCUAGCUGCCCUGAACGCCUUCUUGCAGCUGAACGUUACAGGACCUGUUUUGGAGCAGGCGCAUGCUGUCGAGUCUAUUUUCCAAAAGGAGUUCAGCGCCGACGGAUCCGAGCCUGGGAAUGCAGGCGGCAAAAGGAAUAUUCGCGAUCUGUGCCUCAAGUCGCUCGAUGUCGACGGUGUAGCAGUUUACCCCUAUAUACCGAACAUAGAGCUCUUCUCUCUGGCCAGACAUGCUCUCAUCACCCAUUCCUGCCAUUUGGAUACCGAGAUAAAAGGACUGUCCGACCCGGCGUUGCGCACUUCGUCGUGGUUGAGGUUGCGCUUGCUGGUAUGGCACCACAAGCUGUUUAUACAUCCCUCUGUCGGCGCCGGAUCCAACUUCAACAAGGGUUCCCAAUGGACCGAUCUGCCGACACUAGAGCAGCAGAUCAGGGAAGCACUCGCCGAGGCUGACGAGAAUGUUUUGUCAUCGCCAUCAUCGAUUGUCUUUACCACUGAGCAAAAAGUUCAGUUCCUCCUGGAAAAUGUCAACGUCUACAUAACGUUGGGUCUGGAUUCCAAGGCCAAGGAGGCUUUGGCCGAAGCGUCGCGCUUGACUGGAUUCGUCUACUCUCUUUCUGGUGCCCUGGGGAAGCGGACCAAGUUCCAGGAGAACAGCACAAGUCAGCUUGUGGUCCUGGCCAAGAGCGCGGCAGCAGUUGAUGACUCGCAGGCCGAGGCAGAGAAAAGCACCAAGUCAUCAGCAGCUCCCGAGACAGUGCCACUGAACGACGACACUCUUCUCGAGAAGCUUGACUUCACCGACGCGAAUGCGAAAUCCACAGAUCAGGUGGGCGUACUUGAGCCCCUACGCGGCAUAGCACCAGACAACCAGCCGCAGCUGGCUCCUCUUGAUCAGAUCAUUCUUUUGGCCGAGGCAACUCUCAAGGAUGCCUUCUCGCCUGCCGAUAGUCUUACAUCCGAGGAAAUUUUGCCCUUUGCCGAAAGGGUAGUGUCAGACAAGUCGAACAACUGGCAGAUUUAUACUCAGGCUCUCUUGGUACGAUCAAGGAUUGAGGUUCAUCGGAGUAGGACGGUUGAGAGGGGUAUCCUCCAGAUGCAGGCUGUGGUGGAUCAAGUAAUCGUCGACACAUCUGCACCAGCCCCUGCAAGCAAGAACCAAGGCGACUCCAGUGGCUCUAAAAACGACGUUCCGAGCAUCGAGAUUAGUACACCGGGGGAAUCCAAGCCAGUACCAGUUAACCAGCCUACCUCCUUCUUCCCCAAAGCGGACCCUGCGGACUCGGCUCCCGCCCACGUCCGCCUCCACUACGUCCACGCCCUCUCAUCACCGCCACGAUGGCAUCUCGAGUCCGAACUUGCAUUCUCCUGGACAUCUGUCGGGUCUAUCGUUGCUGCCCUCGACAUCUUCAAGAGAUUGCGUCUCUGGGCUGAGGUUGCGCUCUGUCUAGCUACCGCAGGUGCCCAUGGAGAGGACGACGAGGGAGGUCGUGGCCUGGGAAGUGAAGAGAAGGGCCGAGCUGUAGUGCGAUGGCGGCUAUUCCAACCGACGACCGAGGCCGCAGACAGUACUCCUGGACCAGAGGAUCUAGAUGUGGACGUAUCCGUCUUACGAGCCGCCCACUUCACCGGACCAGAGCGCGAUCCCACCCCACCGAAUGCGCCGCGUCUUUACUGCAUCCUCGGUGACCUAGAGCAGAAAUCAGAGCACUAUGAAAGAGCCUGGGAGGUCUCAGGUAGGAGGUAUGCUCGGGCACAACGUAGCUUGGGAGAAUUUCACCUCCAGCACAAAGAUUGGGAAAAGGCCAGGGAGGCCUACAUCAAGGCAACAUCGGCAAACCGCCUGAGUGCGGAGAUGUGGAGCAGACUUGGUGACAUCAACCUGAGGCUGGGACGAUUCGCUGAUGCCGCUGAGGCUUUCAGGCGAGCAAUAGCUUCAGCAUCAGGCACAGAAGGAGGCGAGGAUGCAAGGACGUGGAGCAACCUCGGCAGUGCACUCUACAGUCUACAUUGCGAAGCCGUCGAUGCGGCCAAGAAGGCGAAGCAAUCUGGAAAUGAGGAUUCUCAAGCAAGUACAGCAAAUGUUCCGGUACCCGCUCCCGAUGAGGAAGAAGAUAUCGCACUGCACACAACAACGAGUCAAGACGACGCCGUCGCCCUUCUUGCCCAAGCCUUGUCGGCCUACAAACGAGGCGCCUCCAUGGCGCACGACAACUGGCGCAUCUGGGACAAUGUUCUGACCCUCGCGGCCCGUACACGGCCUCCCGCCAUCGCCGAAAUCAUCACGGCCAUGCGUCACAUCCUGCGCGUCCGCGCGACUGAGGAUGCCGUCGACGCCGACGUGCUGAGGCUGCUCCUCGACACCGCCCUGCUCCCGAACAAGCCGGAGAUCACGCGCGGCUCGAUCCAGAAGAAUAUAGUCGACCUUUUCGAGGAGCAGGUCGCCCCGAUGAUCACGUCUCGGUCCGAGCUGUGGGGACUGAUCGGCCGAGAGCGUGCGUGGCGCGGCGACUAUGCGGGAGCCAUCGAUGCGGCCGAGAAGGGAUGGCGGGCGGCGGUGGGCGGGAGCGGAGUGGGUGUGGCCGGUGGCGGCGGCGCUUCCCUCCUCGCCCCUGGCGCUGGGGGUAGUGACAGCAAGAAGGAGAAGGCAGAUUGGAGACUGGACCAGGAAGCUUGGGAGGAGGUCGUGGCGCGGACCGACGAGCUGGUCGGGUUGCUGGAGAACUACGGUCCAGACGUAGACGCCAUCGGGACGCGGUGGAAGGGCAAGGCAAAGACUGUGAUCCGAAGUGUGCUCGGUAAGGCCAAGGAGAACUGGGAGGGCAGUGAAGGAUGGAGGACGCUUGAGGGCCUACUGGAGGGAUUACAGUCAUAG